GACGUUCAUUAUUGUAUUUUCGGCUUCAAGUUAGAAGGUCAAUAAUUAUGGGUGCUAAACUAACAAAAUUCAAUUGUUUUAAGGGUUGCGGAAAGGGAAACAGCAAAACAAGAGCAUCGAAUACCUCUGUUUCUGAUCAACAGUCACAACAGAAAGCUAGAUCAUCAGCCGAUAUCAUCAAUGAACUCAAAACUAUUGGCAUAAUUUCAAAGAAGGCAGGAGGUGUGAAAUUCUCAGUCGAGAUACCAGACGAAAAACCACGAAAGAAAAAACCAAGACGCCUUCCUGCUAUAAGCUGCCCAGAAAGACAAAAAAUCCAAAAAGAUACAACACUUAUACAAGGAAGUCAAUACGACCGAGAGGAAAAAGAUCUCAUGACUGAAAUCAGAAGAAUUGGUGCUAUCGCGGAAAAAGUUAUCAUUGCUAGAAAAAGUGAAGAAAAAAGACAAAAUGUCAUAGCAAGAAGGGAAGAAAUUAUAAAAAGGAAAAUAAAGAAGACGGAAGACAAAUUAAAAAGAGAUGCAGAACGGUUAAUCGAAAGAGAAAGAACGAAGAAAGAGAACCAUGUUGUGGGAGAAGUUCUUCCAGUUGUGUCAGUUUAA